ACUGCAGCACCUACAACCACAACUGCAGCACCUACAACCACAACUGCAGCACCAAAAACCACAACUACAGCCCCUACAACCACAUCUGCAGCACCUACAACCGCAACUGAAGCACCUACAACCACAACUGCGGCACCAAAAACCACAACUGCAGCACCUACAACCACAACUGCAGCACCAACAACCACAACUGCAUCACAUACAACUACCACUUCAGCACAAACCACCUCAACUGCAAUACCUACAUCCACAACUGCAGCACCUACAACCACAACUGCAGCACCUACAACCACAGCUGCAGCACCAACAACUGCAACUGACACACCUACAACCCCAACUGCAGCACCUACGACCACAAGUGCAGCACCUACAACCCCAACUGCAGCACCAACAACCACAACUGCACCACCUACAACCACGACUGCAGCACCUACAACCACAACUGCACCACCUACAACCACAAGUGCAGCGCCUACCAACACAACUGCAACCACAACUGCAGCACCUACAACCACAACUGCAGCUCCUACAACCACAACUGCAGCACCUACAACCACAACAGCAGCACCUACAACCGCAACUGCAGCACCUACAACCACUACUGCAGCACCUACAACCACAACUGCAGCACCAACAACCACAAUUGAAGCACCUAAAGCCACUACUGCAGCACCUACAACCACUACUGCAGCACCUACAACCACAACUGCAGCACCAACAACCACAACUGCAGCACCAACAACCACAAGUGACGCACCUACAACCACUACUGCAGCACCUACAACCACAACUGCAGCACCAACAACCACAACUGCAGCACCUACAACCACAACUGCAGCACCUACAACCACAACUGCAGCACCUACAACCACAACUGCAGCACCUACAACCACUACUGCAGCACCUACAACCACAACUGCAGCACCAACAACCACAACUGCAGCACCAACAACCACAAUUGAAGCACCUACAACCACUACUGCAGCACCUACAACCACAACUGCAGCACCAACAACCACAACUGCAGCACCUACAACCACAACUGCAGCACCUACAACCACAACUGCAGCACCUACAACCACUACUGCAGCAACUACAACCACAACUACAGCACCAACAACCACAAUUGAAGCAUCUACAACCACUACUGCAGCACCUACAACCACAACUGCAGCACCUACAACCACAACUGCAGCACCAACAACCGCAACUGAAGCACCUACAACCACAACUGCAGCACCAACAACCACAACUGCAGCACAUACAACUACCACUUCACCAACAACUACAACUGCAGCAUCAACACCCACGACUGGAGCUCCUACAACCACAACUGCAGCACCUACAACCACAACUGCAUUACCUACAACCACAACUGCAGCACCUACAACCGCAACUGAAGCACCUACAACCACAACUGCAGCACAAACCACCACAACCGAAGCACCAACAACCACAACUGCAGCACUUACAACCACAACUGCCGCACCUACAACCACAACAGCAGAACCUACAACCACAACUGCAGCACCUACAACAACUGCAGCACCAGCAACAACAACUGAAGCACCUACAACCACAACUUCAGCACCAACAACCACAACUGCAGCGCCUACAACCACAUCUGCAGCACCUACAACCACAACUGCAGCACCUACAACCACCACUGCAGCACCUACAACCACAACUGCAGCACCAACAACCACAAUUGAAGCACCUACAACCACUACUGCAGCACCUACAACCACAACUGCAGCACCAAGAAUCACAACUGCAGCACCAACAACCACGAUUGCAGCACCUACAACCACAACUGAAGCACCUACAACCACAACUGCAGCACCAAAAACCACAACUGCAGCACCUACAACCACAACUGCAGCACCAAAAACCACAACUACAGCACCUACAACCACAUCUGCAGCACCUACAACCGCAACUGAAGCACCUACAACCACAACUGCAGCACCAAAAACCACAACUGCAGCACCUACAACCACAACUGCAGCACCUACAACCACAACUGCAGCAGCUACAACCACAACAGCAGCACCUACAACCGCAACUGCAGCACCUACAACCACAACUGCAGCACCUACAACCACAACUGCAGCACCUACAACCACUACUGCAGCACCUACAACC